GCUACCAUGGACCGGCAGGUGCAGCAGCCGGAAGAGCUCCACAUCCAGAUGCCAAUCACGCAGCGUCUCCUUCCGGGGAAAGCUCGUACGGGAGUUAUGGUCGCCAGGUUCGUGCUGCUGAGGGGAUCGAUCCUUCAGGGUCCAAGUCAUGGUUUACAUACGAAGAGCUGAUGGACAUAACGAAUGGGUUUUCUCGGGAGAAUCAUAUUGGCGAGGGAGGGUUCGGAUCUGUGUACAAGGGUGUGCUGCAAGACGGUAGAGAAGUGGCGGUGAAGCAGCUUAAGAUUGGGAGUGGACAAGGCGACAGGGAAUUCAAGGCGGAAGUGGAGAUCAUCAGCCGCGUCCACCACCGCCAUCUGGUUUCUCUGGUGGGUUACUGCAUAGCAGAACAACAUCGGCUGCUGGUCUACGAGUUCGUCUCCAAUAAAACUCUAGACCACCAUUUGCAUGGAGAGGGACUUCCCGUUCUCGACUGGGGCAAACGAAUGAGAAUUGCUGUAGGCUCUGCUCGUGGACUGGCGUACCUGCAUGAAGAUUGUCAUCCUCGGAUCAUUCACAGGGACAUCAAGUCGGCUAAUAUCCUUUUGGAUGAAUCCUUCGAAGCGCAGGUAGCAGAUUUUGGGCUGGCAAAACUAGCAAACGAUGCACAUACUCAUGUGUCGACCAGAGUUAUGGGAACAUUCGGGUACUUGGCACCGGAGUAUGCAUCGAGCGGAAAAUUAACAGAUAGAUCAGAUGUGUAUUCAUUUGGAGUCGUGCUUCUGGAACUCAUAACCGGGCGAAAACCUGUUGAUGCAUCUCGGCCUUUGGGCGACGAGAGCUUGGUGGAAUGGGCUCGACCACUCUUGAUUCAUGCUCUUGAAACAGGCGACUACGAAGAAUUAGUGGACCCAAAGCUUGAGAACAACUUUCUAAAAGCUGAUAUGUUACGUGUGAUCGAAGCAGCUGCUGCUUGCGUCCGUCACUCUGCUCCCAAGCGACCACGAAUGGUGCAGGUGCUGAGAGCAUUGGAUAGCGAGGGAAGCCUGUCUGAUCUCUCCAAUGGCGUCAAGUUCGGCCAGAGCACCGUCUACAACUCUGGCCAGUACUCCGCUGACAUCCAAAAGCUGCGCAGAAUGGCGUUCGAUAGUGGGGGCUUCAGCAUCGACUACGACCAUUCCGGUGAGCAUGAGCACGAACACGGAAGCAACUCGACAUACAGCAGUGCCGAGCACUAGACGAGGAGGAGGAGGAGGCAACCCGUGAAGUUGGAUCGUCUUCUGG